GGGGGAGCAGCCAGCAGAUAGCAAUAUAUAAAUUUGACCCAAACACUGGUGGAGAAAAGAUUUUGUUGGAUGAUAAAGCCUUGUCACUUGCUUUAUUAGAAAGAGAGAAUCGGAAGAAUCUGUUUCUGUAUGUUGAUGUGCAGUCUAAAGCUGUCACUGAAGUGAUGAGCAAUGUGAGCAUAAAUAACGUUAGUGCACCUGAACAAUCAAAUAAUGAGGUAGGAGAUGUAGAUUUAAUUGAUUGGGAUAGCCUGGAUAUUACUCCAGUUGGACAAGAUCAGGUAGGUGCUGCUGUUUGUGUCAUGGAUGAAGAGGCAAUGUAUGAAUUUCUUGGUCUUAGAGCAGAGGAUGAAAGAGUAGAAAAAGAGAGGGCUGCAGCUGAAGAAGAGGCAGCUGAAGAAAUUGGGGCUAUGGAUUUAGAUGGUGCUGAAUUACCAUUUGAUGAUCAUAUUCCUGGUGAAGAAGCAGCUUUCUAUGAUAGGGAGGAUCCUCCUAUGGAUGCUGGAACAGUGUACCAUAGUAUGGAAGAAGUCCGGGCAGCUGUAAGGCAGCAUGCUAUUAAAGGGCAGUUUGAGCUUGGAAUUGAAAAGUCAUGUCAAACGUUGUUCAGGGGCUAUUGCAAAGCUAAUGGUUGUAAAUGGGCCAUUGUCGCACGGAAAAUGAGUGGCACAAAGCAAGACAGGAUUACAUUGAACAAGGAAGAGCACUUUUGUGCAUCAACCGGGAGAGUGAGGACCAAGAUGGCAACAUAUCAUUGGGUGGUAGAGAAGGCUAAUCCCUUUUCUUAAGAAGGAUGCAAACACUGGUGCAAAGAAACUGCAAAAGGAGCUAGAAGAUAAGUAUCAGGUCUUGCCGCCGUUGUCCAAGAGAGAAGUUGGGAGGCAAAGAAAAAAUAGAUAUCCAAGCUGCUUGGAGGACAAAGGCAACAAACCAAGAGGCAA